UGAUCAGUCAGCAUUCGUGCCGAAACGUCAGACGCGUUCGUGAGUUCAGUCGUGAAGCACGUCGACAAGCCGCUGCCAUUCAACAUAGUAUUUUCUACGUAUAAAAAAUUAAUUAGAUUAUUUUUGACUUAUCGUGUGAUAACUUUGCGUGAAACAAUGGCAACGGAGGUGGCUCAACUUCCUCAUUUAAACAUCGUUAAUCGCGUGUUGGAAUUACCCAUCAUUGAACUAGCAUUGCACAAAUCCGCCGAAACCUAUUCCAAAGUGAAAGAUUUGAAUCAAUUGGUACACUGGGCUUUCACCACUGCCGAAACGUCACUGAGCACUGCGACAAAACAAGCGAUUCCCAUUGCCGUGCCAAUCGCGAAAAGACUUGAAAACCCCAUCAAUUUUGUUGAUCACACAUUAUGCCUUGGUCUCGACAAAAUAGAAGAGAAAAUACCGUUGGUGAAGGAAAAUCCCGCACAGAUUCUAAUGAAGGCUAAGUCACGCAUUUCAUAUGUAAACGAUUUGAUCGUGGCACAAGCAUCGAAUCUGGGAUCCGCCAGUUGGCUUAAAGCCAAUCAAAUACUCGACACGCAAUAUGGUAAUGCGGCUGUGAGGGGUUUAGAUAACACGGCUUUUGUCGUCGAUAAACUCAUUGAUAAAUAUUUCCCUUCGACGGAAGAAGAGCAAGAAACAAAGGACAAUCCGGAAAAGACAGAGACAGAGACAGAGACAAACACAGUUGAGGAAGACAAGCUGUUACAUACUUUGCAAACAAUCGGUCAUCUGUCCAAUAAAGCGUCUCGGCGCGUAUAUUCGAAUGUAAUACGCUACUUGAGCACCGUCAAAAAGGAAGUGCUGCUGAAAGAUUAUGUUCGCCGUUUAGUAGAAUUUCUUCAUCUUACGUCGUUUCUUCAGUGCGAAAAUAUUACCACGAAAGAAUCGAAGCAAGUCCAGACUAACGGUGAGAUAAAAGGAAAUAAACAAAAAUCAGAACCAAAAGACGAAACAAAAACAGAGCCGGAGGAAAAUUCGAAUACUGAAAAGGAAAAGCACGAAUAAGAUUACUUAUUGUUGUUAUUACUUUGUGUUUUUUAUUUUCUCCAUUUUUUUAUUUGUAUUCUUUUUAAAAAAGUGAAUGUUAUUUAUCUUUGGGAGUAAAAAUGUUACAUAUUUAUUGUCAAUUCAAUUAUGCAUAAGCCAUUGUAUACAUGCCGUUAUUUUUUUUAUGGUUAUCAUGUGACAUUAUCAAUUUAAAUAAUAUAAUUGGGUCAGUUAUUACAUUUGCAUUUGCGACCAGAAACUACGAUGCAAAAAUAAUAUUUGACAAAAUUAAUUACUUAUUUUUCUACAUAGCUCACUAACAUCGUCGUAAAUAAGUUUUAUAUUUAUAUAUCUUGUAUAACUGUAUAAGACUGCGAAUUAUAUAUGUAUAAUCGAAAACAGAAAUGCACCGUAAAAGGAAACUAUUUUCAUUAAUAAUGUAUAGGUGCAAAAUUCAAUAAUAUUCUACUCCUUUGUAAGCAAUACAAUUAUUAUAAGUUGAUUUGUAUAUUAUGCGAUAUAUAUAUAUAUAUAUAUGUAUAUGAAUGUUUAAAAAAAAACAUUUACCUAAGUGAAAACAUCUAGAGCAUAAUUUAAGCUGAAAAACAAUAAACUCGAUGUUUGGCAGAGAAAACACUGCGCUCCAUUCUUGUUCUAAAUCCUCUAAUCGUUUUAUUCUACUAUUAGUCAUAAGUCAUAAUACGAAGCCUUAUAUCUUUUGUAAGUUGAAUCACGCGCGCAACAAAAUAAGAAAAAAUAGAAAAUAU